GUUCUCGGCUUUUUGCUCUCGACUCAACAGAUAGUAGCUCGAUCUCUGUGGUCAGCGCUGUACACACAUCCACGAUGGCAACUCGGCGAGCUAUACUGGCUCUGCCUAACAGUAGACAACUACUGCGACCCUCUACAAAUACCAAUUCUCUUACUUGUCUUCAGUCACAGCAGGUGCGAAACUCGUCAAACUCCUCAACACAAGCCCUUGCAUACAAAUCCCUUCACCGCCGAACCGCACCUCUACCCACCCAAGAUACACCAUCGUCAUGGUCGGCUCCUGCUGCUGUUUCUUCGAUUCUCUACGAGACCCCGUUGCCUUCGUCAGCUCCUCCGAAACGACAUGUGCUCAACUGUCUCGUGCAAAAUGAGCCCGGUGUGCUUUCUCGUGUUUCUGGCAUUCUUGCUGCGCGCGGCUUCAACAUCGACUCGCUGGUUGUUUGCAACACUGAGGUUGAGGAUCUCUCUCGAAUGACAAUUGUACUUCAGGGACAAGAUGGCGUCGUUGAACAGGCGCGCCGUCAACUAGAAGAUCUUGUCCCAGUCUGGGCUGUCCUGGACUAUACAGCUGCUCCGCUCGUUCAGCGUGAGUUGCUCUUGGCCAAGGUAUCGAUUCUCGGUCCGGAAUAUUUCGAAGAAUUAUUGGCUCAUCAUCGAGAGAUGGUGACCGAUAAUGGACCGGAGGAGCUGGAAGCCGAUGCAGAAUCCGCUUCGCAGCUGGGGAAUGCACAUAGUCUUGCCCAGUCAGAACGCGACUUUCAUCCGAGCAAGCUAGCCGUGAGCGAAGCUCUGAGACACAAGCAUGAGCAUUUAGAAGCAAUCACUCACCUGACUCACCAAUUUGGUGGAAAGGUGUUGGACAUCAGCAAUAACAACUGUAUUGUCGAAGUUUCGGCAAAACCCAGCAGAAUCGAGAGUUUCAUGAAGCUGGUUGCUCCGUUUGGCAUUUUGGAAAGUGCUAGGACUGGUCUGAUGGCUCUCCCACGUUCACCUUUGUACGGAUCUGAAGAGAUUGAUGAGAAGGAUGCUCAGGAUAUUGUUGAUGCAAGCACGCUUCCUCCAGGCUGAGGGAAGCUUCCCACAGUCACUCUGCGUUGGUUAAUAGGAUGGGCGUAGCAACACUGCUGAAAUAGUAAUGAUGUCCAUUAAGUCAAAUAAAAACUCAUUGGAGAUUCCGGG